AUGGCUGGUGCACCGGUAGCAGGAGGCUCCAAGCCUACGAAGACAAUGACGUACGCCGAAAGGGUACGGUUCCGCGAACCGAUAACAACGGAUACGGAAGCGACAGCUACCAGCGAUCAGUUUACCGUUGUACGAAGGAAGAAAAACAGGAAGCCGAAAAAUAAGAAACAACACUUGACCUCAGGUACUGACUCUGGUACCGAGACCAGAUCUAAGGUCAAACCAGAUGUACUACAGAAGAAAGCAAAGGCCGAGAGGCUCAAGAAAAUAGAGCCGCCCAAAACGUUCACUGUCGGAGUAGGUACCUCCACCGUAGGGGACGUUAAGAAGACCUUAUGGUCGGACCUUCUUAAAAAAUUGGAUGCACCAAAUAUCGUAAGCACGCGAGUAAUGCCUAAGGGUGAUCUCCAAAUCACCCCAGCAGACAAAGCAACUUACGAUGCAUUGAAGAGAAUAUCAUCGGAGCGCACGGAUGUUGUCCAAAACACACUGCGCAAACCGAUGGUGAUGAUACACGACGUCGACGUUACAUUAACCGGAGAGGUAUUGGCUUCCACGCUUGCUAUACAAAACUCCGUACUUGGCCUUAGUUCGGAAGAAGCAAUUGAAGGAAUCGAACCAUCCUUUAAAAGAGGCCCGCCGAAUAAAGAGACCGUACAUUGGGUAUGCUUGGUCAAACCCGAAGUGAUGAGCAAAAUCGCAGGGAAGAAAGUUUUUCUUGGAAUGUCCUGCUGCAGGAUUACGGAGUACUUUGAUUACAAUCAGUGCUUCAAGUGCCUGCAAUACGGACAUAGGGAGAAGUUCUGUGUGUCGAUGUUCACCGCGUGUUACCACUGCGCGGAGAAAAGUCACACCGGUAAGGACUGCCCUAAUAAAGAACGACCGUCCAAAUGUAUAAACUGUAAAAAGGCGCACGAAGCAACAUCACCUCUGUGUGCUGA